AUGAGUGACAGAGAUGCCCAAUAUCCCUUCAAGGUUACGAACGUGGUCAAUGUUAUCAACAGCACGUCCCCAACGUUAACUGCUGCUGGUGGUGGUGGAGGAGGUGGUGGAGGUGGUGGUGGUGGUGGUGGAGGAGGUGGUGGAGGUGGAGGUGGUGGUGGUGGUGGUGGUGGUCGUCGUGGUGGGGGUGGUGGCAGUAUAUCUUGGGAGGAGUAUCUUAAAUCUGGAGUUGCAAUUAAUUGGAAUCAUCCUGAUGUCAUAUAUCAUGCUAAUCAACUUGGUAUCCCAAUACCAGCAGGAUCAUCUUCCAAUGGUGGUGGUGGCGGUGGACGGUGGUGUUAUAAUGCAUGUGGACAACUGGUAUGGAUACCGUAAGCUUGCCUUGCUUAUUGUGAUUUAUAUUGCCAAACGGACGAAGCCCACCUCUCUCCCUUCUUUCUCUGUCCCUUUUUUCGCUUCUUCUACUUGUUUUUUAUUUUGAUAUCUUUAUUUCUGUAUUAUCUUUUUUUAGGGUUCGUAUGGUCUGAUCGGGAGGAGAUGUUGUAAUUGCUAUAUUUAUUUGUAGUGUCUUAUGUAAUUCUGAAGGGUUUACUUGGAUUAUCAAUAAAUUGCUAUAAUAUGGUCUUCCUAUAAAAUACAUAUUCAGGGACGAAAUUAAGAUUUAAUUUUAAGGGGGUCAAACAAUGACACAGUGAAUAAUUCUACUCAACGCGUUAUUCAACUUAUUGUUAUAAACAAAUUUGUUAUACAUGAUGCAUUAAAUAAUUCAUCAUCGAUGAUUGUAUUUGUUGACAUUUAUUACCUUUUAUCCCUAGUAAUAUCUGUUGAAUUAUCAACGAGUCUUUAGUUCAAUAAUAUUUUUGUCUUAUGAAGAUUUUAUUUUCUUGAAAUCAAGGGUGUUAGAAUUAAAAAAAAAAAAUUUAAAACCUUUUACAAAAUUUUAGUUUCACCUAUUUUUAAAUAUUGAGUUUUCAAAUUAUCAUUUACAGUCUUGCACUCGUCUGUUAUCAUAAGAAACUAACAGUACAAACGUUUAGAUAUUUUAUGGGUAUUCAAAAGUAAUAGGUUGUUGACUAAAGUUUCACACGGGAUUUUCUUAUUGCCUAUAUAAAGGGUAUUUGGUUGUACCUGUUGCCUAUCAUCUUGCAGGUCAAAUAUAUACAGCUUGUUAUUUUGUCUUAUAGCACAACUCUUCUUUCUUUAUUCUUCAAGCAGAGAUACCCAUCUCAACCAACCACGACUGAUAUAAUGUGUAUUCUUAGUGUGAGUUGUAGUCGCGAGUCAAAAAAAUAUAUUUGUACAAGCAAUAGCACCUCGUCUGAUACACAUUCGCAACAACUAUAAUGCAUUAUAAAACAAUCAUGGUGAUAACGGUGAGAUUUUGAUGUGGGCCGCCAAUCCAAGGCCCAAAGCGUUUGAUGGACCUCUACGUUCGUGACAACCCAAACAGCUUGUCCACAGCAUACCCACCUUGCAAAUGAGACGGGCCCCCCAUCUCAAAAGAAGAAAGUCCAACAGUCCCUGGAUUUUGGAGUAUCAACUCGGCCUCCAUCCAGCCCAUCACAUAGUAUAUAGUUAUGAUCCACCAUAGACUAUCUACACAUGUAUAUGCUAUGCUGUCAUUC